GGCUAGCAGACCCGGUGGAAGGAAGCUCGCCGUUCAGCUAAAUUAGCACUAGCAGGGCCACCGCCGAGGCAGCUCGCCUCCACUCUUAAUGUGACGGUGGCUACGGUUGGCUAAAAAAAUAUUUAUAUUUAUGCUUGCUAUUGACAGGACUGCCUGUUUUGGACUGUCAGUAGCGAAAGACGACGACGACAAAAAAGCGAGGCCGCUUCUCCGCGCUUGCUGCUGCUGCCGCCGCCGCUGGGGCUGCUGCCGCUGCUGCUACUGCUGCUACAAGCACCACAAGUACUACAAGUCGAACAGGGACGCCGGCUAACUACUACUGUAGCAAAUUGACAUCCGAGCAUCACCACCAAAAAGGCUACUCUCUCACUGCACGAAUUGUCCGGGGAGGGGGGGUUCCAAACACAACAACAGCUGGACGAUCCAUGAUGUCCGCCGCCAGCAUUGACCCGCAGAUCUCGAAAGGACAAGAUGCCAGUAAAGGCUUUCCAGUGUCAGUGCAGAACGGCUCUCUGCACCAGAAGGACACGGUCCACGAUAAUGACUUUGAGCCCUAUCUCACUGGCCAGUCCAACCAGAAUAACAGCUAUCAGUCCAUGACUGACCCUUACCUGUCCAGCUACUACGCCCCCUCCAUCGGGUUCCCCUACCCCCUCAGUGAGGCUCCGUGGUCCACAGGUGGUGACCCACCUAUCCCCUACCUGACGCCUUAUGCGCCCCUCAGCAACGGGGACCACCACUUCAUGCACGACACGGUGUUUGGCCAGCCAGGGGGACUCAGCAGCAGCAUUUAUCCGCACAGGUUUAACUUUUUCCCAGAGAACCCGGCCUUCUCCGCCUGGGGCACCAGCGGUUCUCAGGGCCAGCAGACCCAGAGCUCAGCCUACGGGGGAAGUUACAGCUACCCGCCCAGCUCCUUGGGAGGCACUUUAGUCCCAGAUGGCCAGACAGGGUUCCAUAGUGACACCCUCAGUAAGGCCCCGGGUAUGAACAACCUGGAGCAGGGUAUGCUGAGCCUUAAAAUCGGCGGGGAUGUGACGGCCGGGGGCUCGGGCGUGAAGACGGCCGGCUCGGUGAUUGGCGGCGGCGGUGUUGCCGUCGCCGCGGGCAACGGGGGCACGGUGGGCAUGCCGCCCCCAAAACCCACGUCGUGGGCCGCCAUUGCGAGUAAACCCGCCAAAUUGCAGCAACAAAAGACCAAAAACAAACUCGGCGCGCCCAUCGGUGGUGGCCCGCUCCCCCCGGCGCCGGUCAAACACAACAUGGUGGACAUUGACACGUGGGAUAAUAAAGUUUCCGUCACAAAGAUGGCUGCUCCUUUGCAGCACCAUCACCACCACCACCACCACCACCAACAGCAGCACCAGCCGCAGCCGCUUCAUUCUCACCCCGGCAGCCUCCUACCCCCCCUGCAGCAGUCGCUCCAGUCGGCCCAGUCUCUGGUCCAGCAGAUGACCAUGCCGGGUCCCCCGCCUCCCCCGAUGCAGUCCUACCAGAACCACAACUCGGCUCCGGCGCCACAGACCCGCUGGGUGGCCCCUCGCAAUCGCAACUUAUGCUAUGGCGGCGGGAGCUUGGACAGCAGCGGUUCGUCCAGCGGCGGGGUCGGUAAUGGCUGCGGCGGCGGCUGCGGGGGACCCGAACCGGGCUCCGAAUCACACCCGGUGCUGGAGAAGCUGCGCGCAGCCCACAGUUACAACCCGAAGGAUUUUGAGUGGAACCUGAAAAAUGGCCGCGUGUUCAUCAUCAAGAGCUACUCGGAAGACGACAUCCAUCGCUCUAUCAAGUACUCCAUCUGGUGCAGCACGGAGCACGGCAACAAACGCUUGGACUUGGCCUUCAGGACCAUGAACUCUAAAGGUCCUGUGUAUUUGUUGUUCAGCGUCAACGGCAGUGGCCAUUUCUGCGGCGUGGCGGAAAUGCGCUCGCCCGUGGACUACGGCACCAGCGCCGGCGUUUGGGCGCAGGACAAGUGGAAGGGCAAGUUUGACGUGAACUGGUUGUUUGUUAAAGACGUGCCCAAUAGCCAGUUGCGCCACAUCCGCCUGGAGAACAACGACAACAAGCCGGUCACCAACUCUCGCGACACUCAAGAGGUUCCUCUGGAGAAGGCCAAGCAGGUGCUCAAGAUCAUUGCCACCUACAAACACACCACCUCCAUCUUUGAUGACUUUUCCCACUAUGAGAGGAAGCAGGAGGAGGAGGAAGUGGUGAAAAAGGAUCGUCAGAAGUAAACAGCGCCCCCUAAUGGAACGCUCCAUGGCAAGUCCUGCUGGGAUGGACACUCAAAUGAAAUUCCAAUUUAACAGAAAACAAACAAGGAGACACGUGAUAUAUUUUCUAUUUAAUUUCGGCCCACUUUGGCCGCCCUGCCCCCGUGUCCUAAACCCUGAGUAUCAUUUUUAGGAAGUGUGAGGCUUGAAGUUUCUUCAGUGUUACAUACUUUCUAUGUUUUUUGGGGGGGAGGGGAUGGGGGGUUCUUUUUGCUGCCAGAACUUGCAUCAUUUAUGGAAUAAGUAACACGUGCACGUCUGGUUUCUAAAAUCUCAUGACAACACGCUGCUGAUAUUCAGUGACUGUUCACUUUGUGGUUUGUGAGUUUGGACAAAUGUGAAGUGCUUGUGUUGGUGAAUCUCGCGAGUGAACAACACUAAAGUCUGCUCUGUGUGCGCGUAUGGUCACUUGUGUUUAGUAUUAUGACAAAACAUUUUUCUCACCUUUGCUUUAGGAACGUGCGCAACGCAAAUCUACAAAGUUAAAGAUAUUGUCUGGAAGGAUGCGGCGGCUAAUAUGAAAUGGAGCAUUGAGAACGCAUGUAAAUCUCCAGCGCAGAGCCUUAAAACGCUUCUUUUCAGCACAACCGAACAGAUUGGGGGUGAUUUGAUUUGUCAUGGCGAUUCAGGGAAUGUGUGCAUCUCAAGGUGGUCCCUCUCUUUCUUAUUCAAAGGUGAACAUAACCGAUGGAUCGAUGUCCCGUUUUGGUAGUUUUCUUUUUGCGUCUCGUCAAAAUCUGGAGAUGUAGCAUGUAAUGCUUUUAAAACUGUCACUUGGUUUUGUUUCUCGUUCUUUAUCGACUUACUAGUUAUUAAUACUUACAUCAGUUCCAUUGCUGUGACCUUUCCCCUCACCCCCCCGCCAUCAGAUAAUAUAAGCUUUAAUGUACUGGCAUUUCUAACUGCAAACGCCUCAAAUGUUUAACUGUAGCAUUAUACUUAACUGAUUUAUCGUACGUGUAUGGAAAACCAGAGGCUAGCUUAUAUGCUAUAUGUUUAUUGUGAUAUGUUUCUUUCUUUGUCUUUUUUUUUUUUUUUUUUUUUUAAAUAACUUGCAGUGUUGUCUGUGUGUGUGCGCAUGAGUGUGGAAGUAAAGAGAGGGAGAAUGACUGUGGUGCGACCAGAGCUAUAUAACAGUAUUGGAUUAUUGAAAAAGUAUGCAAAAAAAGUUUAAUGUCACCCCUGAAUUAAAUGUCAUUAUCAGAGGUCACUAUCACAUUCUUAUAUUUGAUCAUAUUCAUUAUUAAAGAUAUACUUAUCUGG